GAUGGGGAUGGCGCGGGACGGUCGCGAAACCGUCAUCAGCCGAGGGGCCGUGACGGGCGGGGCGAGUGACACGGCGCAGUCGAGCUCAACCCUCCGGCUGGGAUGCAGCACGUCACGGGUAUGUCCGCCACCCCGGGCGUUCACUUCGGUCACCAUCAUCAGCAUCAGCAGCCGCCCCAGCAGCAACAUCACCAUCACCACGGGCCGAGCCUCGGGCUGAACGCGCGACGCGGCCUUUGCAACAAGAUCGAAUAUUACGUCUCGGAACUCGGCCAGUGGACAGUGUGGAGAGCAAUAAUAAUGGGUCAAUUCUUAUCUUUGGUGCUUUGCUUCAUGACGUUACUUAAUCAUCAUGUCAACACUUCAUAUCACAUAAACUUACCGACUGGACAAAAUUUGCCCCACUACCUAAUGAUGCUGCUGGUAUACACCACAUGGAUGUCUUGUCGUGGUGCCGGGAAAGGUCUCAUUUCCGUUAUCAGGGCACGCGGAUGGAGGUACCUGCUCUUAGCGCUGAUCGACGUAGAAGCUAACACUUUAAUAACGUCUUCCCACCAAUUCACUAGUCUCACCAGCAUUCAGUUAUUAGAUUGCGUGGCGAUUCCUGUAGCUUUGGCGCUGUCAUGUUUGGUGUUAGGUGUGAGAUACCGAAUGGUUCACAUCGUCGGAGUUUCUAUUUGUUUGAUGGGAGUUGGCUGUCUAGUUUGGGCGGGUAUCGAAGAUAAUAAGGAUCCGGCAUCAACUGGUAAAAAUCAGUUGGUAGGUGAUAUGCUUUGUCUCGGUGGUGCUGUUUUGUUUUCCAUUAUUACUGUUUUACAAGAAUUAGCUGUAAAAUCGAUUGAUAUUAUAGAAUAUCUUGGUAUGAUGGGAUUUUUUGGAACUAUAUUGUGCGGUUCUCAAAUAGCUGUAUUAGAAAGGGUACAAAUUGAAAGCUUUCAAUUCAACAAUGUCAUCAUUAUGACAUGUUUAUUAAUUUACUGCAUAACACAAUUUGUCUUCUACUCACUUAUACCAGUCGUUUUAUAUGAAACUGGCGCAACCUCACUCCAAUUGGCUUUAUUGACAGCAGAUUUCUUCAACAUACUUUUCGGCAUGUUGAUACAUCAAUAUAAGUUCCACACGCUGUAUUUCGUAUCAUAUCUUCUGACCAUGACUGGUAUUUACAUUUACGCUAUUAAAAGGACGCCGAUGUCAGGUUCUCAAAGACGACAUACAGAGCCUACAGCUCCCGAUUACAGACACAUGGCGCACCCGGACAUCGGCGAGGUUGAGAUGGCAACGAGCUCGGGCAUGUCCGGGAUGAGCGGAACCCUUGACAUGCGCGCCUCGACCCUCGGCAGCGAGCGUGAGACGAUGGAUGCGACGUCACUGCCAUUGAGCGUUAGUUCCGACACGGCAUUCACAUCAUUUUACGGCAGCCAGGCGAAUCUCAAGGCUAGUCGCUCGACGGCCAGGAUACCCUCGAGCACCAAUCUCCACGAGGGCCAUGGCACCACGCGCUCACGAUGUAGCGAGUCAACGCCCAGGUAGAGGAUGAUGGACUGGGACCGUUACUAUGUCUAAUAUGGACUCGUUAUUUCUGGAUCUGAUCGAUUGGUCGUCGUUACGUGCGCAAAAUUCCAUGCGCCUUGGCGGAUACUGCAGGAUGAGACAUAUUCCGAGCACGAAAUUCGAGGAGAUGAAGUGAAUCAAGCACGUGAACGUGCUUCACGCCCCGACACAUGCACACGAGAAUUUUCAAAGCGAGAUCGACUGUUGCGUCCGAAGUCUUGAAAUCAAUAGAAAAUC